AUGCUGGCCGUCUUGCGGCUCUACGAGCACCGCACCAACAUCGACAUGUGGUCUUUCUUGCUUGAGCCUCUGCGAAACCUCGUCCCGUGUGAAGAGGUGAAGAUUGUUGUGCGCUGUAUCGCUCCCCCUCAAGUCUCUUCUUUGGGGGCGCAUGACCGCGAGGCACGAAGGCGGGUCAUCGCCGUCACGACCGUCGAUCGCUGGCCGCCAGAGCGCAUCGAAGGCCACGCCGCGCUGACGCAGCGCAUCCAGGUGAUUCCUUCCCACGAGGCGGUAAGACGCAACUGGGAUCGCUACGAGGUCGUGCAGUCCCACUGUGACUCGCCGAGCGCGGGCCGCGCCACCUGCCGUGCCUGCAAUGUCGGUGGUGGCCUGCGAUGUUUGGCCGCGGUGCCGCUCUUCGAUGCUGGGGGCAACGUACUCGCCGUGGCCAAGUUCGUGAAUCGCCGGCUUUGGUCUCCGGAUGGCCAACAGCAGCCGAGCCUGGAGUUCAGCCAGCUGGACCUGACUAUGCUGUCGGCCUUCUCUGCAAUUUUUGCAUGCGCAAUCUGGCAGCAGUCUGUCAACAAUCGCAUUUUACCUACACUGUCACGUACCUGUUUCGUUGCAUUUCCAGUUAUACACAGGUUGCCCCUCAUCCUUUCCUGCCGUUGCUGGGCACCGGGCAACUCCAUCGCCCGCAGGCCUGAUGCGAUUCUUCGCCACUUUGUGCCGCCAGAGUCCUCAACCCUCUGCUACCUAAGGUGA